AUGAAACUCAAACUUCUCGGGUAUGGGACAAAGGCUCACAUUGACAGCUAUUCUUGGAUAUGGGAAAUAGCAAGCCGAAGCACCACCCUGGAGGAUCGUCCAGUCAUCGACAUUGGUGUGGAGUUCGACGUACCACAUCUUGCUCUGUUUGCGGUUCGAAAGUGUGUGUUUCAAAAGCAUGGUUAUGGCCCGUACAUGUCGUACGACUCGAUGCUGUGGAUGAACUUUAUGGACGCCUGUCGCGAGUUACAGGAAUGUGUACAGCCGCAGUACGUUGUGGGGGGUGGGCUUUCUAUUUCCAAGCCGUCGAUACUAUCAUCGAGAGCCUACAAAAUCAAGUUGUACCCAAAGAUCGUACACUUCUUGAAGAACAUCAACGAGCGACGACUUGGAGACAUGCCUCAUCCUUCAACGAACAAAAAUUGUGGCAAGCGUUAUGAGCACCUUCAAAACGUGUAUGAGAACUACUUCAAAGCCGGUGUCGCGGACCAAUUUGCUGGCUCCUUCACUGGCUUUCGACUAGAAAUCACGGUCAGUGGUUUCAGUUUGAACGAGUGCUUGGACAUUUUUGACGCCGAGUUCUAUGCGUUAUUCCAACACGUGAAGGUGUUGAAAUAUCCGCUGCCAAAGUACUUGGCCAACAUUGCAAAGUUCGUUGGCUUUAUGACAUCGGUUGGACCUGCACGAGGGCGCGACGAGGUAUUAUGCGAUGACAAGUACAAGGUUCCACUUGCAUUUGUUGGUCAAGAACUGGGCUUGACAAGCUACGUUUGCCACGUCUUUCUGUCGCGCCGUGCAUUCUUUGACGACAACAUACGGAGCUGGAACUGGUGUUCAAGCAAUUACAUUGCAUUAAAUGAGCCAGAUUUGCCACCAGUGGACGCACCCGUCGAUGUCGAUGACGCACAGGGCGACCAGCAUCUGGACGAUUUCCAUGCGCGCUACGACGCCGAAACUCGCGAGAUCAUGCUCGACGUCUUCCUCAAUGUUUACGCAAAAUCUGUCGGACUGGGGGAUGCCAAGUUGUUCAAGUCACGUGAUAAACGAAGUGGUCGAUUCAGUGAAACCAACAGGACGAUGUUUGGAUUGGCAGAACGCAUUGCUACACUGCAUAAGGCCAGCUGGCGAACGCACUUUGUCUGCAAAGUGAAAAAUCUGUACAGUGGUCUGAGCGAGGUCAACAAGCUGGAAGCGUUCCGUCGACUGGUUGCCGAUCAGCAUACCCGUGUCGGGAUACUAAUGACGGUCUGGAUGACGUUCCAACCGACCUACCUAUUCCUUUGUUCGCUUCAGACGCCCAAAUGCUUCGGGCCGUCUCCUUGGUGUGGAAUCGUCAAGCUCUCCAUCGUGGACGGGGUGCUCCAAACACGGUGGUAG